GUACUAAAAUAUAUUAAUAGUUGAUUUAUCAGUUGUUUAAAAUUUUCUCGGUUGGUAAAACAACCAUUUAUCAGUAAAAAUUUAUUUUGAAGAUUUAUUUACGUGUAAUCUAUGGUAUAUGAUUGACAUUAAAUACACACACAUAAGUAUUAUUAUAUGUAUUAAUAUUUAUCAUGUGCGAUAUCAUACAUUAAUAUAUAUCUUUAUUUUAUUAUUAACAAUUUAAAAUUAGCACCGAGUAGAAAAAGCGAGUAAAAAAACAGUUAGCUUUUUUUAAAAAUUAAAAGUAAACAAUUAUAUUACUGAAUAAUUGAGUAUACAAUAUGGAUUUUAGAAUAAUCUAAAUACGUAAAAAGCUAGUAAAAUAAAACUAGAGCUCGUUAAAGAUUAUCUACAGGAAAAAAAAGUAAUUAUGGAUUAAACAUGCGAAGAAAAAAACAAUUUAAAGAAUUACUUUGUAUUGCUAAGAUUAAAAAAUGCUGUAUAUUUAAUAAAUAAGUGCCUCUUGUGGCAUCGAUUCAGUAACCAUUAUUCUAAACAAUUUUUUUAACUUAUAUAUAAUAUAUUCUAACAUUUUGUUUCUGUAUAAAAAUACGCUGUGCCUCAAGUUCUAAUUACUGUAGGCGUUAUUUCAUAUAAUAUUUUUUGUUUUGUUUUAUUAAAAUAAUUUUUGUACAUUUAACCCACUUGUAAUAUCUUCUCAUUUGUAGUUUAACUUACAAAAAACCUAAGCAAUGUUAUCCUUAUUAUGAUUUACCAAUAUUAUUUUAUAAGUUAUAAAUUUGUACUUUUUUCUGUAGAUACAUGACUUUAUGCUGUCAAAUUAUAAUUAAAUAAAAAAUGCAUUAUUAAAAUAUUGCUAAAUUUCGAUCAAAUAUUCCAGUUAAAUAUUCAACUUUCUCACCUUUAAAACAUAAAUAAUGAUAUUCUUAAUAUUUAAAUAUCUUACCAAUCAAAUAAAGAAAUCACUUUCUGUUGGUAAUGAAGACAUAUCUGAACAAUCGAUAUCUCGACUCCACUUGAAUCGAUUUAACGCUCUCAGUCGAUAUAUCAAUCGAUGCAAAUAAAUUAAUUUAAAUAUUUAAAUCACUAAACACACUACACACUUUUGAUGGUAAUACUUAUACGAUAAUAAAAAUCAUUAUUUUUAAUUUUGUAAUAAAAAUUAUUUGAUUAGUUGUUUAUCUACCUGUGAUUACACCAACAAUAUUUAAUCAUCGAAUAACAAUGCACAUAUAGAUUCACAUGAUAUUUGCAAUGCGUUAUCAGCCGCAAAAGUGAGAGGAACUUCAGCAUAUCAAUGACACAUAGAUGUUCGGUUGUGCAAAAAGGAAAAAAUUAUAAGAGUGGGGCUACUUGUUAACAUGUCGACUCAUCCAGACACUCCGAGACAUAUUUGCUUCGCAAUUUUUUGAAAAACAUUUACUUUUAUUUCUUUUACAAGUACAAAAUAUAGGUGAUAACAAAUAAUUAUCAAUAGUUUCGCAACAGAACGAUACUCCAACUACUUAAAAAAAAAAAGUUUAUUGUGUAAUCUAAAAUAAUUAUAUGAUUAGUGAACAUGUUAAAUUAAUUGGUUCAAACACAUAUUUUCUACUACGUCGUCAUAUUAUAAAAAAAAACAGAAGAUCUGAAAAUAGCAGUCUAAUAAUAUCAUUAUAAACAACAUUGUUUCAACAACACAAAUUUUAACAAGUGAUUUAAUACUUUUUUAAAAUGAUUAAAAAACUUUUAAUUCCGUUCAGCGAUUGAAAAUAAUGUUUAUGUGAUCAAUGAGAGUCUGCAGUGUCUUCAUGGUCGUUCUUUAGAAGUAUGAUCGUAGGUGAUGUUAACAUUGCAGGCUUCAGAUCUCCUAAAACAUCAUGAGCAACAAAAUGAACUGAAAAGUCAUCAUCAUAACAAUGAUGUGAAUACCGAUAACUUGCAUGGCUCUGAGGCUAUGCAUGAUCUUCAAAACUGUAUUGAUAAUAAUCUUAAUAAUAACACAAAGCUACCAUCUUAUCAAGCGUUUAAUUUAGAAGAUCCUUCCAGGUUUACUGGUGAUACAAGUGAUAUUCAUCAUGGUCCUGAAUUUAUUUGUAUUGAGGACGAUAAUGAAGAUGAAGACGAAGAAGAUUAUGAUGAUGAAGAAGGUGAAGAAGAAAUGAAUGAUGAAGAUGAAGAAGACAUUGCGGAGAGUGAAAAUGUUAUCACACAAAUGGGAGGAUGGACUAAUGGAAUGCCAAUGAAUAAAGUUAUUCAUGAAACAGUGACUGGUCAUGUUCUACCAAGUCUUGAUUCUUCAAAUUUUGGUGAAGUAAAUAUAAAGAAAUCAAAAAAUGUGCGUGUUGGUAAUACUACUUUAUACAAAGGACCUGUUACAAUAAAACAGUUUGUAUAUACGAAUUCAAAUCCUACUCAAGAAAAUAGUGUAAAUACUAUUAAUGAACGAAUAUCUGACGUUAAUCCGAAUGAUGUGCCUAUUGUUAAAGAUGAUAAUAAGACUCCCAUUUUUCCUAUUCAUCGUGAAUACAAUAAAGUGAGAGAAUGGCUGUGGACUUGGAGAUGUGCAGCGAUUUUAAGUGUCAUGGCGUUAAUUUUUAUAUCAACAGUAGUGGUAGUUUCAGUGUCUUUCUCACAACGUCCGCCAUAUUCACCACUACCACCUGCACUUGAUCCUGAUGAUAUUCUCUACGAUGGAGUUAGAUUUAUUCAAAGGACAGAAUGGGGAGCUCAGCCACCAGAAGAUGUGUUAGAUAAAUUAGAUAUUAUUCCAGCCCCAUAUGUAAUUAUAAGUCAUACAGCUUCAGAAAGCUGUACUACACAAUCGGAAUGUGUUCAAAGAGUUAGAAUAGCCCAGAUGAUGCAUAUUGAAAUAAAUAAAUGGUCGGAUAUUGGCUACAAUUUUCUUGUAGGUGGAGAUGGACAAGUCUACAUUGGUCGUGGAUGGGAUAUUACUGGUGCUCAUUCAUUUGGUUUCAAUUCCAAGAGUAUUGGAAUUAGUUUAAUUGGAACAUUUAAUAAAAUUGUUCCACCUCAGCGUCAAUUACAUGCUUUAAAAAAAUUAAUUGAAAUGGGCGUAAAAAAAGGAAAGAUUGCUGAAAAUUAUAAACUGUUAGGACAUCGUCAAGUAUCAGCUACUCUUAGUCCUGGAGACGUACUUUAUAAUAUUCUAAUAACUUGGGAUCAUUGGGCAGAAAAGCCAUAGUGAUUUUUUUUAGAUAGAUUCACUUGCAUUUGAAAAUGAUUCAAUGUAUUGUGAAAUUGCCAAUUUAUUUGUAAAACCUGUUCAUUUAAUAACACUGCCACAUUCAGUGGUCAAUUAUGCUCUCAGUAGUAAGAUUUUUAUGAAAAUCCGCAAAUAUAACAAAGUUCAUAGUCAUUAUGAAUUUAAUAUACAAUUGAUCUAUUUGAAAAUCAAUCAGUCGUGAUUUAUGUUUAAAUAAAAAUAUACUCAUUUUUUAAAUAAAAAUUAUAUAUGUAA